GACGGGAAGGAGACAGUGAUGAAGGAGGUGUUCCCUGGGGACAGUGUGCACAGCCUGCUCAGCAUCCUCGACGUCAUCACGGGCCACCAGCGGCCGUACCGGACGGGGUGUGCCGAGGACUCCACCAUCCUGCGCCUGCCCGUGGAGGCCUUCUCUGCUGUCUUUGAGAAGUACCCCGAGAGCCUGGUGAGGGUGGUGCAGAUCAUCAUGGUGCGCCUGCAGCGCGUCACCUUCCUGGCUUUGCACAACUACCUGGGCUUGACCAACGAGCUCUUCAGCCACGUGAGUUGGGGCCAAAGGCUGUUCCCGCAGCCCGGCCACGCCGCGCGCACCAGCCCCGUGCGCCACGGCAAGAGGGGCCUCGGGGGCCCCGACGAGGCCAGGGAGGCAGGGUGAUCUCAUCCUACAGUUGACCCCCUGAAGACCGGAGGCCCGGAGAGCCCCGCGCCGCCGCCGCUGAGCCGCUGCAUCUCCAUGCCCGUGGACAUCUCUGGCAUCCAGAAGGGUCCUCGCUCCGACUUCGACAUGGCCUACGAGCGCGGGCGCAUCUCGGUGUCGCUGCAGGAGGAGAGCACGGGCACCAUGGGCACCUUCUCCCGGUCUGUCUCCCAGGAGGCCAAGGAGCGCAGGUCGGUGAUGGUGGAGGAGCAGCCACCUGGUGUCCACCACUACAGCUGCUGUGAGGACGACUCAGCCCCUGGGGACUGUCCCUUUGGUCCCUACCAGGGUCGUCAGAUCAGCACCAUCUUCGAGGCGGCCAAACGGGAGCUGGUCAAGCUCAUGAAGGUGGAGGACCCUUCUCUCCUCAACAACCGUGUCUUGCUCCAUCAUGCCAAAGCUGGGACAGUCAUUGCCCGUCAAGGGGACCAGGACGUGAGUCUCCACUUCGUGCUGUGGGGCUGCCUGCACGUCUACCAGCGCAUGAUCGACAAGGCCGAGGACGUUUGCCUCUUCCUGACCCAGCCUGGGGAGAUGGUGGGACAGCUGGCCGUGCUCACCGGGGAGCCCCUCAUCUUCACCAUCAAGGCCAACCGCGACUGCACCUUCCUCAAGAUCUCCAAGUCGGACUUCUAUGAGAUCAUGAGGGAGCAGCCCAGCGUGGUGCUGAGCGUGGCCCACACCGUGGCCGCCCGGAUGUCGCCCUUCGUGCGCCAGAUGGACUUUGCCAUCGACUGGAUGGCGGUGGAGGCCGGGCGGGCGCUCUACAGGCAGGGCGACAAGUCGGACUGCACCUACAUUCACGUUGGGCUCGACGACCUUCUCCUGCAGGUGGAAGCCCUGACCCGGCAGCCUCGGGCCACCACCGGGCACGCGGUGCGGGACACGGAGCUGGCCAAGCUGCCUGAGGGCACCUUGAACAACAUCAAGCGUCGGUACCCCCAGGUUGUCACCCGCCUCAUCCACCUCCUGAGCCAGAAGAUCUUGGGCAACCUCCAGCAGCUCCGCGGGCCUUUCGCGAGUUCUGGCUUGGGCAUGGCCUCCAGCUCGGAGCCCACCAACCCCACCAGCAACCUGUCCACGGUGGCGGUGCUGCCGGUGUGUGACGAGGUCCCCACGGCCGCCUUCACGCUGGAGCUCAAGCACGCGCUCAACGCCAUCGGUCCCACGCUGCUCCUCACCAGCGACAUCAUCCGUGCCCGUCUCGGCUCCUCGGCCCUGGACAGCAUCCAGGAGUACCGGCUGUCGGGCUGGCUGGCGCAGCAGGAGGACAUUCACCGCAUCGUCCUCUACCAGACCGACGGCACCUUGACCCCCUGGACCCUGCGCUGCAUCCGCCAGGCAGACUGUGUCCUCAUCGUGGGGCUGGGGGGCUGCUCCCACAUCGGGGUGCUGAAGGCACUGGAGGAGUCGGGGAUCCCCAUCGACCUGGUGGGCGGCACCUCCAUCGGCGCCUUCAUCGGGGCCCUGUACGCCGAGGAGCGCAGCGCCGUGCGCACCAAGCAGCGCGCGCGGGAGUGGGCCAAGUGCAUGAACUCGGUGUUUGAGACUGUCCUGGACCUCACCUACCCCAUCACCUCCAUGUUCUCGGGCUCAGCCUUCAACACCAGCAUCAACAAGGUCUUCCAGGACAAGCAGAUCGAGGACCUGUGGUUGCCCUACUUCAACGUCACGACCGACAUCACAGCCUCGGCCAUGCGGGUGCACACGGACGGCUCCCUCUGGCGCUACGUGCGCGCCAGCAUGACCCUCUCGGGGUACCUGCCGCCCCUCUGCGACCCCAAGGACGGGAACUUGCUGAUGGACGGGGGUUACAUCAACAACCUGCCAGCCGACAUCGCGCGCAGCAUGGGCGCCAAGACCGUGAUCGCCAUCGACGUGGGCAGCCAGGACGAGACCGACCUGUGCAACUACGGGGACAGCCUGUCUGGGUGGUGGCUCCUCUGGAAACGGCUCAACCCUUGGGCUGAGAAGGUCAAGGUGCCCGACAUGGCAGAGAUCCAGUCCCGUCUGGCCUACGUGUCCUGCGUGCGGCAGCUGGAGGUGGUGAAGAGCAGCUCCUACUGCGAGUACAUCCGCCCGCCCAUCGACCGCUUCAAGACCAUGGACUUCGGCAAGUUCGACGAGAUCUAUGACGUGGGCUACCAGCACGGCAAGGUGGUCUUUGAGGGCUGGAGCCGCGGGGACAUCAUCGAGCAGAUGGUGAAGGACCGACGCUCCGCAGACUUCUACGAGAGCAAACGCAUGGACGUGUCCUCCUGUCCCUCAUCAUCAUCAUCUUCCU